AUGCGUAGGUCACUAGGAACCUCGCAUUCGAACGCGCCGCGAGCCGGCGAUAGCAGCAAUAGCAGCUUCGUGCGACUUUACAUAGACUCGCUCAGCCUGCCGACUCGAGGAUUCCUCUUAACGGUCGCGAUUCUAGUAACCGCGCUGGUCCUCUUAGUCGCGCGCCGUGACGCCUCGCUGUCCGACGCCUCCUCCUCGUCCUUCUCCGCAAACCGCGCCGUUAAUUCCGGCGGCGACCCCGCGGAGAUGGCGGCGCGUCCUGCGGAGGUCCUAGUGGAGGAGAGGGAAACGGUGGUGAAUCUGCCGCCAGAAAUCACGGAGGAGGAGGGGCGGCAGCGCGUGACGCUGCGGUUCCUGGAAGGUUCCAGGAAGCCCGGGACGGGAGGAGGUGGAGGAGGGGAGGGUGCGGGUGGGGGAGCCUCGGGAAUGACGGUGGUUCUGCUGCAUGGGCGAUCGUUUGAAGCCAAGACGUGGAAAGACAUUGGCACCAUCGAGCAUCUGGCAGCAGCAGGGCACAGAGUCAUUGCCGUUGACUUGCCAGGCGGCAAGGGCCGCACCAAGGACACUCUCUCCACGCGAGCAGCGCACGAGGGCUUUAUUGCUGUGCUGUGGCUGCAUUUUGAGCUCACCAACCGAUCGGUCCUUGUGUCGCCGUCUCUCAGCGGACGCUACAGCCUGCCGUUUGUAGCGCAGCAGAGCCAGCUGAAGACCGGGCGGCAGGCCACGGGCGGGCGGCAACUGGGCGGCUAUGUGCCGGUGGCGCCUGUGAUGGUGGACUCGUAUAGUGACAAGAUAGCAGGCAGCCAGGUGCCAGCGUUGGUGGUGAAUGGGGAGAGGGAUCACCCCGACAGGGCGCAGCACCUUGCAAGCCUCUUUCUCAACCACAAGCUGGUGAUUUUUAAAGGGGCGGGCCACGCAUGCUACAUGGAGCAGCCUGAUUACUUCAACAGCCUUGUGCUGCAAUUCGUGCAACAGUUGACUGUCCCAACCGAAUUUCAGUAG